CCUCCAACAGCCUACCCAGCUCGGGUUGAUGUUUAACCUGGGGAGCCCGUUCACCGAGAGGGGGGGAAUCUCUUCCCUGGCACACCUGCACCACCCGCUGCUGGAGGAAAGCAGCUACUCCCAGCACAUGGAUGGCAACGGGAGCCUGAAUGGGAGCGACGGUGGGCAGAAAGGGGGCCUCCCUUACCCCAUGUACACCACCUUGGCCCUCAUCACCCUCGCCACGCUGCUCAUGCUCGUCACCAUCUUUGGCAAUGUCUUGGUCAUCAUUGCUAUCUUCACCAGCCGAGCGCUCAAGGCCCCUCAGAACCUCUUCCUGGUCUCCUUAGCCUCGGCCGAUAUCCUGGUGGCCACCCUGGUCAUUCCCUUCUCUCUGGCCAACGAGGUGAUGGGCCACUGGUAUUUUGGCAAAGUGUGGUGCGAGAUCUACCUGGCCUUGGACGUGCUCUUCUGCACCUCUUCCAUCGUGCAUCUCUGUGCCAUCAGCCUCGACCGCUACUGGUCCAUCACCCAAGCCAUUGAGUACAACCUCAAGCGCACGCCGCGCCGCAUCAAGAGCAUCAUUUUCCUUGUCUGGAUCAUCUCUGCGGUCAUCUCCUUCCCACCCCUCAUCUCCAUCAUGAAACAGGGCGACCCUGACAGUCAGCAAGCGAAGCUGAAUUCGGAGAGCAAGGAACCCAGUUGCAGCAUCAACAAAGAGACGUGGUACAUCAUCUCUUCCUGCAUCGGCUCCUUCUUUGCUCCCUGCCUUAUCAUGAUCCUGGUCUACAUGCGCAUCUACCAGAUUGCCAAGAGGAGGACUCGGGUGCCUCCUGGCAAGAGAGCGGAGGCCGCAGAGAGGAGGCAGAAUGGUCUGGCAGAUAAGGAUGACAUGCCCGCAAUGACCAAGCUCAAUGGGGAGAAGGCAGCCGUGGCAGGAGGAAGCCAGGAGAGGGAAGAAGUCAAUGGUAUAGACCUGGAGGACACCUCUUCAUCAGAACACAAUGAGAGCCAUCAGACCAGGAAGCAAGAGAGGCCGCAAAGGGGCAAGGGGAAGACCAAACUAAGCCAGAUUAAGCCUGGGGACACACUGCAAAACAGAGUGGAGGAGGAAAGAGAUGCGAAAGCUUCCCGGUGGAGAGGCAGGCAGAACCGAGAGAAACGCUUCACUUUUGUGCUGGCGGUUGUGAUUGGGGUUUUUGUGGUCUGCUGGUUCCCUUUCUUCUUCACCUACACAUUGACUGCCGUUUGUAAGAGCUGCCCCGUGCCCGAUACACUCUUCAAGUUCUUCUUCUGGUUUGGUUAUUGUAACAGUUCCCUCAACCCUGUCAUCUACACCAUCUUCAACCAUGACUUCAGGAGAUCCUUUAAAAAGAUUCUCUGCAGGAUAGACCGGAAAAGGAUUGUGUGAGGGAUGGACUCAAGUUUGUUUACAAGACUUGUUUACGGAAGAGAGGCUCAGCUCUGGCUGGGCUUUGGAAGUGGGUGGUGUCUUAUCCAGUGACUGGCCUUUGACUUCUCAAAGACUUCAGGAGACUUUGGCCUUGGCCCAGGUGGAGAUGUUUCUGCCCAGUGAUGGCUCUAGAGACCUGUUUGUAGGUAUUGUUUCUAUACACUUACAAGCUGAGCUUAUGGCAAACUGAAAUUAACUGAUUGGAGUGUGUAAGUCAGGGAAGCAACAAAGAUGAAAAUAUAAGUCAUAUAUUUCAGAAGCACUUUCUUUCUAUUUUUGCCCUUUGGACGAUAUGUCCCUGACGUCCUUGCAAAACUACAGUAUUGCAUCUUUGAGAUCUGUACAUCUUUAACUUUUGUAGGAGAAAGCAGCUUUGAAACCACUUUAAAUAUUUCUUGAGAACUUGAAAUAUAUGUGGGGUGGGGGGAAAAUAAACAAAGACACAUCAGAAUGAACCUUCAGAGCCAUCUCAUCCAUCUUAAAAAUGACAGUAUUAAAUGCUAAGAUUUCCAAUGUGGCUUUGUAAACUGAUAGCAUAAACUUGACCAUGGCCAGUGUUUUGUUAUAUACCCUAUAUGUAUUUUUUUUUAAAAAAACAAUGUUUAUGUUUUUUGUUUAUGCAGUAUUGUUAAAAAGCUUUAUUUCCUCUUUUCCCAUCAGCUGAAAGAAACAAGCAUUAAAAGUUUCACAACUGAGAAGCAUAGUACCUCUCAAAAGGAUGAGCUCCUUUUAGAUUUGUAAUGCUGAAGAGCAACUGGGUUCUUAAAGGGUUAAGAUAAGGUGCUCUUCCCUUGAAGUUACUCCACUGACUGUGUUCAAUGCUAACUUAUUUCCCCUACCUGUGACUGUAAAUAGAUAAAAUGAUAGAUGCAGCCUUUUUGUUUUACUUUACAGUGUUACCUGAUUUGCAUUGAUUACAUUUUCAUUUGUGCAAGGUGUCUGCACAAGAAAACCUUCUUUCAUGCACAAGGACACUUCAGUGUGGGUAUGGAAUUUUAAAAUUAUUAUUAUUUUGGGGUAACCAUAAGCAUGUCAGCUUUCAUUUUUUUUUCUAAUUUCAGGUUUGGUUUAUAAACAUUUUCUUUGAUUUGUCCUAGAGAAAAAGCAAAUUAUUGGUGUUAUUCUACACCAUAUGUAAAAAACAUUCAUAGCAGCACAGGGGGAAAAGAGUCAAUAAUUGUGUUAAACAUCUUCCUGAUUCCACACCCCCCACUGUCCCAGUUGAUGGCAAAUAACUUCCUUGUCCAAUAGGACAAACAUCCUGAAUAUGAUUAAAAGGGUGUAGGAUGGGAAAGCAAUUGGGGACAUCAUUUAAACAUUAUAAAAAGAGUAUUUGUUUAAAUAAAAACUGAUCAUGAUAGUU